AUGGUACCGACUUUGAGGUUCAGGCCAACUCCUCCAUUUGUCGCCAUCACCUUCGUUCUCUUUGUGCUUACCCUAGGCACUCAUUUCCACCUAUUUUCUAAAAGUGACACCAACCAUGGCAAGGCCAGUCCUCCAGUCACAACCGAGCCGCCAGGCAUUGGGUUAGACUUGACCGGAUUCUAUGGGACGGCCGCUGUAAGCUUUCCGAACGGGUCGAUAAUUAAUAUCGGAAGGAUAGAAGGGUCAUCCCACUAUGAAGAGGUCAUUCAGCGUUUAUCAUUGCACUCAUCCACACACCUCCACCCCCCGUAUGUCAAACCGCCUGAGCAAUUCCAGGACCUUCCUCGCAGAAAACUUCGCUCCCUUCGCAAAUGGCUUGGACUCCCCGCGUCAGGGGACGUCGGGGCCCUAGCCGUCAUGAUUCGACAGCUCAAGGUCCAAGUGGAAGAUGUGCUGUCAGUGCCCAUGGCAACACUACCCAUCGUCAUCUCCACCCCUCAUCUUAUUGCGCUCUACGAGGAGGAUAUCCACGACGCAUUUGAGUACCUCAAUCUUCCAUUCCCUGAAGACAUUCACCAGAGGCGCUCAUGGGCAUGGGUGCGGGAUACUGGAGCAGCGUUAGCAGGUUAUGGUCAUUUUCUCUGCUCCGAUUAUCGAGACUACAAUGCGUGCGAGUCUGAGAUUGAUGCAAUGCCCCUGGCUAGUGUCAUUUCCAUCCUAUAUACGGAGGAUGCAGUCAAGGUACUUCGCACCACAGUCAAGUCUGCUCACAUUGUGCUUGGGUUCUGGGAUGAUGAGGACCAGUGGACGUUGGGUUAUGCAUCUCGACAUGAGGAGGGCUAUUGGGUUCGGCUGGCCUUGAGACUGAUGGAAUGGAAACGAAAGUAUCCCGGCUCUCGAAUGCCUGAUCGGGUUGUGCUCUUUGGUGAGAGCGCGGUCGAUAAGACAUUUAGGUCAGUUGUAGACAAGGUUUUUAUCCAGGGAUUUAGCAGUGUUCCACAGAUCGUGGGUGGAGCUGAUGAGUAUGUUGCGGCCCGGGGGGCUGCGGAGUUUGCCAGACUUUCAGUCUUUGGGAUACAUCGGUGA